UGGUAAAUGUAGUCUGACUCUCUGUGCGCUCAGGAACAGGGCUCCGGCAGCGGCGCACACGUGUUGGUCGGCAAGCCGCGCUGCGGGUCUCCUGGUCUUGGUAGUUUCCCCGGAGGGCGCUCUGGGCCCAGGUCUCCGGAGUCCGCGGUCUGGGGACGGAGUAACCGUUGGGAGAGCGGGGUCCGGCCGGCCGGGGCCUGGGGCGGACGGUGUCGGGAGCUGACGGGACCCGAGAACCGUGGCCCUGGCCCCUCCCUGUGUGCAGAGACUCCGGGGUGGGCGUUGCGGGUCGGACCUGACCGCCGUCGAGGUUUGUUACUCGCCUUUCCCAGCUCUGACUCUGUCGAGAGCUCGGAGUCGGAAGAGAUGACAGCCACGGGGCUCUUGGCUGCCUGCCUCCCGGUGAGUGGCCUCUCCUCUCCCUCCUGAUGGGCUAGGCCUGGACCCCAGGCUAGGGGGCAUAACUCCCCCGACUUCGGACCCUCAGCCCGUCGUUCUGGCCGAGGAGGGAUGAACAGAAGAGGCAGAAAACUGCCUUGUCCUGCAGUCCCUAAGUGUAUCAAUAAAGCCUUAGAGCCAGUGAAGAUCUAGUCACAAAGCCCCCCAGCAAGAAACUUCCUGACCCGAAUGGCUUCAGCUACCACCCGUUUAAUGAACAAACGAUUCUGGUAUUUCCAUCAUCUGGAAUGAUUUGUCUAAAAGAGGGAGCAUGUCUCUGUUAAUUCUUAUGAAGCCCACGUAACCUGUGUUCCAAAAUUUGUGCACUUCUCUCAGCUCAGGCUCCUCCUUUGAAAGGACAACAAAACAGACUCCAGGAAGUGGCAACUACUUUCUCAGACUGUUUCCAGGGUUAAGUGAAUUUCCGUUAGCGAAAGUGCUGACUUAGCAUUGCACUCAGCCUGGAGAACUCUUGGCAAAUGUUAACAUUCUUAUCAGCAGUUAAUAACAUCAUCUUUUUAUGCCUGAUAUAUAAAAAGGAAGAGGAAUCGUGAAGGAUGACUGUACAUUUUGAUCUCGUGGAGGAUCCUUAGUUUAUCAAGAAAUGCGUGAGAUUCUUAGGGGGUAAACAUUUCAGUAUUAUGGGGGCUCUCCUCUGAAAUGGCUGAUGGAGGCCCCCAGAUCCCCCGGGGAACCUUGAGUAUCCCUCCGAAGCCAGAACCUUCUCAGGACAUCUCUCUGUACGCCUGAGUCCAUCCUCACGUUCUCAUGUAUGCUGCUCCCAGCCCUUGUGGGAGCUUUGCAGAGAUCAGGGUUUUAGCUAAGCAGACACGACGGUGACAUUUCAGGGGCAGUUAACCUUCGAUGAUGUGGCUGUGGACUUCACCCAGGAGGAGUAGGGGCUGCUGGGCCCUGGCCAGAAGACCCUGUACCACAACAUGAUGCUGGAGACCUUUAGGCACUUGGUCACUGUGGGUGAGGCUGUGCCUUGUGUUGACUUGCAUCUGCCUGGGGUCUUGGCAGAGUGGGUGUGACCUGGCUGGGAGUGUGGGGUCAGUGAACCCGAGAAUGGUUUCUCUUCUUCCAAGCCCUCAAGGCCUGAUCUCUCACUUGGACAGUGUCUUGGAUCUCCAAACCAGCUAUCGUGGCCCAGCUAGAACUCGGAGUAGAGCCAUGGAUAAUCGACAGAGGACUCUCCCAAGAUUCCUGCCCAGCAUGGAAGCAGACCUAAAAGCCAAGAGUCACCACCAACAGAGGCCAUUUCUGGUGACAGAUUACCCAGCAGCAUGAACCUGGAAAGAUACACAAUGGGUGAUUCCUGGUGUUCUACCAUAGCAGAUGACUGGAAAUCUGAGGAUGAAUCCGGAAAGCAGAAGAUGUACAGUGUUAGUGUGGGGCCAGUGGAAUAUGAACAAGGGCAACUAGUGACCCCGGAUGGGGAUUGGGAAAAUGCUGAAGUUGUGGGGAAAUGCAGCUUCUAUUCCGACUUUGUUUCUUCACAGAGAUUUCUUAUCAAAGAACAUUUUAAUAAACUGACUCAGGAGUUCACAGUUUACAGCAUAAUUUUGUUUUUCAGAAUCAUCAGGAAAUCUUGGUAGAAAAGAAAUCUUGUAAAGGCAAUCCAUGUGGAAAAGUCCUGGAAAAAUUUUGCAAGAGUGCAGAAUACUCAGUGUGCCGACUUGGAGUUCGGGCGCAGAUCCCGGUGCCCCUGGUGCCCAGUGGGCGUCCCAGCGCUUUGUGCACUCUCCCAGGAAUCCGCAGAGCUCUGCCAAUGGGCGUCGGGCCCUCAGAGAGGUGGGUAUUGCAGUUGCUUUCAGUAAUCACCCAAAUCCACUGCUCCUGGGCAAGCUCCUGGUGGAUUAAUCCUGCAGGAUGGCAGCCAUCAACCCGUGGGCUUCGUGGGGUAUCUUUACGGACCAGUCCUGGGGGAUGGCGGCUGUUGACCCGUGGGCCUCCUGGGCUCUGUGUCCUCAGGACUCUACCUGGUGCGUGGAGAAGACCCCUGAGGAGAGAAGGAGGGCCCCCAGGCUUCCGACAGCCCAGGCCCAGGAACCAGUGACCUUCAAGGAUGUGGCUGUGGACUUCACCCAAGAGGAAUGGGGGCAGCUGGACCCUGUUCAGAGGACCCUGUACCGUGAUGUGAUGCUGGAGACCUAUGGGCAUCUGCUCUCUGUGGGGAAUAAGAUCGCCAAGCCUGAGGUCAUCUCCCUGUUGGAGCAAGGAGAAGAACCGUGGUCGGUGGAGCAGGCAUAUCCUCCUCAAGGCACUUGUCCAGAAUGGGUGAGAAAUCUUGAAAGCAAAGCGUUGAUCCCAACACAGAGCAUUCUUGAGGAGGAACAGUCCCAUAGCAUGAAGUUGGAGAGAUACAUAUGGGAUGAUCCUUGGUUCUCCAGGUUAGAAGUUUUGGGAUGUAAAGACCAAUUAGAAAUGUAUCACAUGAACCAGAGUACAGCUAUGAGGCAAAUGGUCUUCAUGCAAAAGCAAGUACUGUCUCAAAGAGGUGCUGAGUUCUGUGAACUUGGGGCAGGGUGUAGCCAGAGACUAAGCAUUGUUCCAUCUCAGAAAGUUUCUCAAAUAGAACAUUUCUGUAAGCCUGAUACAAAUGCUGAAAGUUGGAGAUGUAACUCAGCCAUAAUGUAUGCAGAUAAGAUUACCUGUGAAAAUAAUGAGUAUGACAAAGCCUUCUACCACUCCAUGCAACCUGUUCACCCUGCAAGGGUGCAAACUGGAGAUAAUCUUUUCAAAUGUACUGAUGCUGUUAAAUCUUUCAAUCAUAUACUGCAUUUUGGUGAUCAUAUGGGAAUGCAUACAGGAGAAAAACUAUAUGAAUAUAAGGAAUGCCAUCAAAUCUUUAACCAGAGCCCAUCAUUUAGUGAACAUCCAGGACUUCAUAUUGGAGGAAACCAGUAUGAUUACAAAGAAUAUGAGAAUAUCUUUUACUUUUCAUCCUUUAUGGAACAUCAAAAAAUUGGUACUGUAGAGAAAGCAUAUAAAUACAAUGAAUGGGAGAAAGUCUUUGGGUAUGACUCAUUCCUUACACAGCAUACAAGCACUUACACUGCAGAGAAACCCUACGAAUAUAAUGAAUGUGGGACGUCUUUUAUCUGGAGCUCUUACCUUAUCCAACAUAAGAAAACUCAUACUGGAGAGAAACCCUAUGAAUGUGAUAAAUGUGGAAAAGUUUUUAGGAAUCGUUCAGCCCUUACUAAACAUGAACGGACUCACACUGGAAUCAAACCCUAUGAAUGUAAUAAAUGUGGAAAAGCCUUCAGCUGGAAUUCUCAUCUUAUUGUACACAAGAGAAUUCAUACGGGAGAGAAACCUUAUGUAUGUAAUGAAUGUGGGAAGUCUUUCAACUGGAACUCCCAUCUUAUUGGACAUCAGAGAACUCAUACUGGAGAGAAACCUUUUGAAUGUACUGAAUGUGGGAAAUCUUUCAGCUGGAGCUCCCAUCUUAUUGCCCACAUGAGAAUGCAUACUGGAGAGAAGCCCUUUAAAUGUGAUGAAUGUGAAAAAGCUUUUAGGGAUUACUCAGCCCUUAGUAAACAUGAAAGAACUCACUCUGGAGCAAAACCAUAUAAAUGUACUGAAUGUGGAAAAUCCUUCAGCUGGAGCUCCCACCUUAUUGCCCAUCAGAGAACUCACACAGGAGAGAAACCCUAUAACUGUCAGGAAUGUGGCAAAGCAUUCAGAGAACGUUCAGCCCUCACUAAACAUGAAAUAAUUCAUUCUGGAAUUAAGCCCUAUGAAUGUAAUAAAUGUGGAAAAUCAUGCAGCCAGAUGGCUCACCUUGUUAGACAUCAAAGGACUCAUACUGGAGAGAAGCCCUAUGAGUGCAAUAAAUGUGGAAAAUCCUUCAGCCAGAGUUGCCACCUUGUUGCCCAUCGGAGAAUCCACACUGGUGAGAAACCCUACAAAUGUAAUCAAUGUGAAAGAUCCUUUAACUGUAGCUCUCAUCUUAUUGCACACAGGAGAACUCAUACUGGAGAGAAACCAUAUAGAUGUAAUGAAUGUGGGAAAGCAUUUAAUGAGAGUUCUUCCCUUAUUGUACAUCUGAGAAACCAUACUGGAGAAAAACCCUACAAAUGUAAUCAUUGUGAGAAAGCUUUCUGUAAGAAUUCUUCUCUUAUUAUUCAUCAGAGAAUGCAUAGUGGAGAGAAACGCUUUAUAUGCACUGACUGUGGAAAAGCCUUUAGUGGUCACUCAGCCCUACUUCAACACCAGAGAAAUCAUAGUGAAGAGAAACUCUGUGAAUUGAAUUGAUGAGAGAUUUUUCUUUUAUUGUACAUUUGAUAACACAUUGAAAAAAAACCUAUAAGUAUAAUCAAGAGGGGAAAUUUUUAAUACUAGUUCAGUAAGCCUUCUCCCCUUAUUAAUCAGUAGAAAUUAUCAUCGUAGAAGAAACCUGUGAAUGAAAAGAAUAGGCAAAAGCCUUCCACAGUUGUGUAGCCUUUAUUUAACAUCAAAUAAUUACAGUGAAGAGGACACCAGGAAUCCUACUUGAGCAACAUGAACGUAGGGAAUGAGACAUCUUUUUGUAAGAGAUCUCAACUAUUUGUGGAUCAGAGUGCAUUGUUAAGGGAAAAACUUUAUCCUAGGAAAAGUGUUUCAACUAGAAAUCCGCUGUUUUGCAUCAAGCUGGAAUAUUGGAUGGAAGCUUUACAAUAACAUUUUGUGCAUCAUUAUGGAAACACAGAUUGUGCUAUUAUAAGGGGAGGGUCUGGGUGCCCUUUAAGGAAUAGAAUAUGGAAUACUAAACCUGAAUUUAAGGGGAAAAAAAGUGUUGAAUGGGAUAUCUACUGUUGAUUGAGAUUAACCUUAGAAAAGAUUAGUAAAUGAGAUUACUAAUGAUGGAAAGGUAUUGCCCAUAAGUAUGAGACUGAUGUUGUUGGAACAAAAGGUGAUACUUAAUAACCCAGUGUGUCAGUGACCAUGGUUUACUCAUUACUGCAUUGUUGGACAAUUAGUUUGUAAUCUGUUUUAGGCAGUCACUGUAAGUUAUAAUUAUGGAUACUGAGUCAAUAUACAUAACAAAAAAAGGAAUAAAAAGGACACAAAAUUGUAUAUACAUAUCUACUAUAACAUCUAAAAAGUGUAUAUGCAUAACGACUGGAAAGACCCAUGGAUAAAUUAACCCAGUUAAGGUUUUUUUUUAAGUUUUACAAACACAUACAGCACUUAUCACGUGCUAAACUUUGUUUUAAAUACUUUUCAAAUAUUAACUUGUUCAGUCCCCUUAAUUCUAUGAGAUAGGUACUAUUAUCCCAGUUUUACAAAGGGAGAAACUGAGGCAGAAAUCAUCAGAAACCUACCUAAGGACACACAGCUAGUUAGGAAUAGAAAGAUUGUUUGGCUCCAGAGAUUGUUUUAACCACUGUGUUGCACUGCCUCUGCAGUGAUUUUUUUUCCCCUAAUGUUUUUUUUUUUUAAAUUUUGUCCAGUGUUCUUAUAGUAGAUAUUUGAUAAUAAAAAUCAAAUUCCUAAACAAUGAGAAGUAAAGUUACCUGGCUUUCUACCCUGUGGGAUUUCGGGUACCAUGAGAGCAAACCUCCCUUUGGAAUACGAAGUCUGGAUUGGACAUUCAGAAUCAGUGCAUUUUCUGGGCCCUGGGUUCCCUAGAAUUUCACCACCUAUGACCCUGAAGAUUACAGCAGAGCAGGGGCUGGAGGACUCACUGGAGGUUUGGGCAAGUCAGAGGAAAUGCCCCUUGAUGGGUUUAGAAUGCCCUUCAUGAGGCAGAGGGCAAGAGACACAUCUGCACAUGAGAGCACCAUUUCUCAAGGUCUCCGUGGAAUUCAAUGUUUAUAUUUUCUUUAUCUUCUCCAGAUGAAGAGAUUACUUGAUAGUAAGGAAGAUUCAGAAGGAAAGGGAGCUAAUCAGUCAUAAAAUGAGGAAGUUUCUCUGAGUGCUCAGAGUGGAAAGGGGGCAAGAUGACUAGGAGGACUUGGGUGGCAUUUCUUCGGUUCACAAAUAUUUCCCUAAGGUAGGGCUAUAAUUAGGGGCCAGCAGUCCUUCCUGGAUGGGUUUCAAGGGCAUUGGUUAGAAAUCCAGGGUACAGAAGGUUCAUCUAGUUCUCGAGGGGUCCAUGACUCUCCAGUGGUUGAGAAAAAGUGGCCUGCUGGUAUGGUGGGACUCUGUGCUCACUGUCAAACUCCUGAAGCUGGCGCUUCCAUAGGUAUGUAACAGUGACCCUACCUUAAUGUAUAGGGGUUGCCCAGUAAAGGUUGCAGGGGUAAAUUAAUUGGAUUUCUUGUAUGAUUUGUGCAGAGAUCCUUGGAGAGAAUAGAGGCAGCACUAUUAACCUCUGUAAGAGACAGCAGCCUAAUGCAUCAAGAGGUGUACUGCCAAUAUAUGGGUAUUGUAUUCUAAUACCCAAAGUAAUAUACUUUGAACCCAGAUUUUCUGAUUUAGGGACUACAAAGGAUUUUGUAAGUUAUACACAAAUAUUCCACAAGCAUCCUGGCAAGUUCUGUAACUGUACCACCAAGCUUAGUAUCUUUUAAAAAAUAUUUCUAAAAGGGCCUCCUGGACUUUUAAAGUGUCCUUCUAAAAGGGUCCCAGACUUCUGCUUCCUCCUAGAAGGAUUCCCUACCUCCCUACCACCUAUUACACAACCUUAUGUAUGCCCAGGGCUCCCAGGUCCCCUCUUACCUCCCUAUUCUAACCCACAUCUAGCUCAGUUCAUUGCCCUUUUGAUCCCCACGCUCCACUCUUCCCCAACUCUGAAACCUGCUGGGCCCAGUUGGAACUCUCCAUUCAGCCAUCUUCUGCUGUGACUGAAACUUGGGUUUCCCCUCUGCACAGUACCUUUUCUUACGAUCCUUGCAGGGAGUGGCUGCUUUGUCUUCCACUCUUCUUCAUUUGUUGCUUCUAGAUUGUUUCCCCUCCCUUCUCUCUAAAACUGAGUUCUGACUCUUGGGACACCAAACUGUCAUAUCACUCCUGCUUCCCUCUGUUGCAGUCACCUUAUGAAUGGUUCACUCUUCCCAUCCGUAAAGAUUUCAGCUCUUGCUGUAUUGCAUCUAAAACCACCCGCAUCGUAAUACUUCCUGAUUUUAUUGUCCAGGUAGAUGAUCUUCCUGUGUCCUGACCUCACAGUUCUUUGACCUGUCUGCUCACGGUUUUGUCACCCACCCUGCAACAGACAGUCACUCCCAUUGUCAUCCCUAGGACCAUUCCAUUACCAGUGACUGGAACCUCCCCACCAUCGGUUUCAAGUGUCUUUUCUUAAGCUAGUUGGCUGUUUAGUACCAAGAUUCCAACAGUCCCUUCACUGAAUCUUCCCUUACGCUUGUUCCCAGCAGAAGACUUUGCUUCCUGUUUCCCUGAGUGAUAGAAGCCAGCAGAGGCCUUGCAUGACAUCUGUCCACCUUCUCUACCCACUUUCCAUAAUUUCUGUGCCUUCCCACUUGUGCGUGUAUAUGAACUGACUGGGUUGGCACCAGAGCCUGUCCCAUGUCCACUACUCCAAGACAUCGCUCCAGCAAGUUUCCCGUAUCUCUUGUAUCCUCAGGUUUUCUAUAUAUACUGGAUUAUCCCCAUGGACAUGUAAACAUACUUAAAAAAAAAAAAACAAAAAAUCCUCUGGC